AUGAGCAUCCAAACUGCUGUGCUGGCCCUGAAAGCGAAACGUACGUCAUACGACUUUGUGAAGCGUUUGGCAAAAGCCAUUGGUCCUUUAUUUAUAAUACUUGACGAAGCAGGCCGAGGCUUUGAAGAUCCGCUUGGAGAAAAGGCUUCUCUAAAUCUGUUCAUCGAGUUCGCCAAACACGUUUUGGUAGCCUGGAUGAAUUCUCCUAUGGUCUACUUUGUGGUGGUGGGCCACUCAAAACGUAUGCAAUCGAUCCAGCGGUACCAUAGAGAUGCGAACUUUGCACUCGCUCGUCUGCCACUGAAUUCACUCUCCACCAACGAUAUCAAGCAGAUUCUGUCUGAAACACGAAGCAAUAGUUCCGAAAGUGAAACGCUACAGGAACGUUUUGUCAUGUACGUCGACAAUAGUCACGGUCAGAACUUGCGUCGACAAGACUGGGAAGAGCUGUAUCGCAACGUGCUGCUGCGGCAACAAACGCUCCUAUUACUGUUCGGUCAAGACGUGAGUGCACAACUGCCAGUGAAUCUCUUGAGGUCGGUCGAGGAUGACGAAGGCAGAGAAGUACCAGCAGUACUCGUGUUAUAUAGGUGUCAUUUAAACUGGGACGGAACGAUGCAAAAAGCUCGCGUGAUCGGAGUGAGGUAA